CACUCUUCUCCCUUGUUCUUGCACACCGUUUCUUCAUUCCAAUGCACACACAGAGCGGAGCAUUAACUUUCUGCAACCACGCCGAUAAUUCGCUCAGGGACUUACUACAAUAUAUAAACCAAGCGGAUUUUUUAUCGGGAAUAAGACUUGAUCAUGUUAUGUACGUAAUUGUGAAAAUGCAUAGUUGGACUAUGCUACAUUAUCUUAUUUGAUACAAGAAGUGUGAAGAUAUCAAACGUAUUGACUACAGAACAGACUUAGGAUUUUUUUUUCCCGACAGACCGUGUGAAACGGACAGUUAUUUCCCUCCGUGUCGAUAAUAUGAAAUAUUAACGGGGAUAUUUACCGAACCGUUGUUGGGAACAGGGCAACUUCUCUUUGGUCGUUUGCCAAAUGCGUCUACGGGUUGGACGACAACGGAAUCUCGUUUCUCUGGUAUAAACCCACUGGAAAUCAUUGAAUAAGGAGAGGGCACAAAUCUUCUCAUACGUUGCUCAUUUUCCAGUUUCCCUUGUUGGUUUUAUGGAGGUAACUCUGGGUUUGGGUGCUUGACGCGGUUGGACUGGGUGCGCGGAGUGUCUGAACACCUCGGAUUGUAUUCACCCGUCUCUCCCUCUCCCCUGGGGUUAUUUUUAUGUCCGAGCUGACCGCUUUAUGACAAUGGAUUACUUGCUGGUUUUAUGCAGCCUCUGGCUGCACAUGGCCUCAGCUGUUGAAGAAACAUUAAUGGAUACCAAGUGGGCCACAACCGAGCUAGCCUGGACCGCUCACCCUGAAACUGGGUGGGAGGAGGUGAGCGGCUAUGAUGACGCCAUGAACCCCAUCCGCACGUACCAAGUGUGCAACGUGCGCGAGGCCAACCAGAACAACUGGCUGCGCAGUGACUUCAUCCCACGCAAGGAUGUCCUCCGAGUCUACGUAGAGAUGAAGUUCACUGUGCGCGACUGCAACAGCAUACCCAACAUCCCCGGCUCCUGCAAGGAGACCUUCAACCUCUUCUACUACGAGUCCGACUCAGACUCGGCCACGGAGACAAGUCCAUUCUGGAUGGAGAACCCCUAUGUGAAGGUGGACACCAUCGCGCCCGAUGAGAGUUUCUCCAUGUUGGAGUCGGGAAGGGUGAACACGAAAGUGCGGAGCUUCGGACCUCUUUCCAAGACUGGGUUUUACCUGGCAUUCCAGGACCUGGGGGCUUGUAUGUCGUUGAUUUCUGUCCGGGUCUUCUAUAAGAAGUGUUCGACCACCAUCGCGAACUUCGCCGUGUUCCCCGAGACGGCCACGGGGGCAGAGGCCACGUCGCUGGUCAUCGCGCCCGGAACAUGUGUUCCCAACGCUCUUGAGGUGUCCGUGCCUCUCAAGCUGUACUGCAAUGGAGACGGCGAAUGGAUGGUUCCUGUGGGAUCGUGCACCUGCGCCUCCGGGUUCGAGCCCGCAAUGAAGGACACCCAGUGUCAGGGUGAGUGUGACAUCAAGGACACUCAAUGUCAGGCUUGCAGCCCGGGCACGUUCAAAUCCAAGCAGGGCGAGGGUUUCUGCACACCCUGCCCACCCAACAGCCGUACAAGCUCUGGCGCAGCCAACGUAUGCUCCUGCAGAAACGGCUUCUACCGCUCAGACACAGACUCACCAGACAACGCCUGCACCACCGUCCCCUCGGCCCCGCGCAGCGUCAUCUCCAACGUCAAUGAGACCUACCUCGUCCUGGAGUGGAGCGAGCCUCGUGACUCGGGCGGCCGCGACGACAUCUUCUACAACGUCAUCUGCAAGAAGUGCCUGCCCGAGCGCGGCAUGUGCUCGCGCUGCGACGACAAUGUAGAAAUCUCGCCGCGCCACCUGGGUCUGACGCAGCGGCGCGUGGCAGUCCGCAACCUGCAGGCCCACACCCAGUACAGCUUUGAGAUCCAGGCAGUCAACGGUGUGUCGAAUAAGAACCCGUACACGCCGCAGUUCUCCGCCGUCAAUAUCACCACCAACCAAGCCGCUCCAUCUGCAGUACCUACAGUUCACCUGAUGGGGGCCACAGCGAGCACCAUGAGUCUUUCCUGGCUGCCCCCUGAGAAACCCAAUGGAAUCAUUCUGGAUUAUGAGAUUAAGUACCAUGAGAAGGACCAGGGAGAAGCCAUUGCCCACACCAUGACCGCCCAAAGAAGUUCUGCCCGCAUCGAGGGGCUGAAGGCCGGCACGCCAUACGUGGUCCAGGUCCGGGCCCGCACGGUGGCUGGGUACGGUCGCUACAGCAGCCCCGCCGACUUCAGCACAAACCUGCAAAGUGACCCAGAGAAGUCUCUUCAGGAGCAGCUGCCCCUCAUCGUGGGUUCAGCCACUGCCGGUCUAGUCUUCAUCAUAGCUGUCGUUGUCAUCGCCAUCGUCUGCCUCAGAAGACACACAGGGACACUCAGGACUGGCGUGCCACCUAUGAGGAAGCAGAGGAAUGGCUCUGAGUCAGAGUACACAGAGAAACUGCAGCAGUACAAAUCCCCUAUAGUCACGCCGGGAAUGAAGGUCUAUAUCGACCCCUUCACCUACGAGGACCCCAACGAGGCCGUCCGAGAGUUCGCGAAGGAGAUCGACAUCUCCUGCGUGAAGAUCGAGGAGGUCAUCGGCGCAGGUAACCAACCAAAGCUCCUGAGCUACAGGGGGAAGACUGCUAGUCACCUCCAGGCCAUACCGUUAGAGGACUUCACGCCAAGCGGAGAGUUUGGGGAGGUGUGUCGUGGGCGUCUGAAGCUGCCUGGGCGACGGGAGAUCAUUGUGGCUAUCAAGACACUCAAGGUGGGCUACACCGACAGGCAGAGGCGGGACUUCCUGAGCGAAGCGAGCAUCAUGGGACAGUUUGACCACCCGAACAUCAUCCGGUUGGAGGGCGUGGUCACCAAGAGCCGACCAGUCAUGAUCGUCACAGAGUUUAUGGAGAACGGAGCGCUGGACUCUUUCUUAAGGCUCAAUGACGGGCAGUUCACAGUGAUCCAGCUGGUGGGCAUGUUGCGUGGCAUCGCCGCGGGCAUGAAGUAUCUCUCUGAUAUGAACUACGUUCACCGGGACCUGGCAGCUCGCAACAUUCUGGUCAACAGCAACCUGGUGUGUAAGGUGUCCGACUUCGGCCUGUCGCGAUUCCUUGAAGACGACGCCACGGACCCAACCUAUACAAGUUCACUGGGAGGCAAGAUUCCGAUUCGCUGGACGGCUCCCGAGGCCAUUGCCUACAGGAAGUUCACCUCGGCCAGUGACGUGUGGAGCUAUGGCAUCGUUAUGUGGGAAGUGAUGUCGUACGGAGAGCGGCCAUAUUGGGACAUGAGCAACCAGGACGUUAUAAACGCAGUGGAGCAGGACUACCGGCUCCCCCCGCCCAUGGACUGCCCCACGGCGCUGCACCAGCUCAUGCUCGACUGCUGGGUCAAGGAAAGGAACCUCCGGCCUAAGUUCUCCCAGAUCGUCGCAACGCUGGACAAGCUCAUCCGCAAUGCCGCCAGCCUCAAGGUGGUCACCAGCAGCACGCACUCUUCCGGGGCGUCGCAGCCCCUGCUCGACCGGUGUGUCCCUGACUACACCACCUUCACCACCGUGGGAGACUGGCUGGAUGCAAUCAAGAUGAGCCGCUACGGCGACAACUUCCUCAACGCCGGAUUUGCCUCCUUCGACCUCGUGGCCCAAAUGACAGCAGAAGAUCUUCUUCGGAUAGGAGUGACAUUGGCAGGCCACCAGAAGAAGAUCCUAGGCAGCAUUCAGGACAUGAGACUACAGAUGAACCAAACACUGCCUGUCCAGGUCUGAGAUGGACCAACCAGAGAGACAGGACAGGAAGGAGAGGAACUGUGCCAGAGAGAGAGAGAGAGAGAGAGAGAGAGCCAAUGGGAAAACCCUAGCUGCCUGACCAUCUCAGCCAAUCAGAUGAAGACAAACCUGGCUUGCAGUGCCUCGAAGGGACUAGACGUUGUUUCUUCUUCUUCUGUCUUCCACGCCAAUGUUUCCUGUUGUGUUCUACGUUAUUAGUCCCACGUUUUGACAAGAUUUAGCUGAAUGAAUUUUUGUAAAAAAAAACAAAAAAAAUGUUUCUAAAGAGAAGAAAUGGAACCCAUAAUCCCAUGCGUGCCUCACUUGGUCCAGUGUGGGGUGAUCGUUUGCAUGCGCGCGUGUGUUUUCUUGAGGAUGGCUGGGACUCAACCACUCCCACCCCACCCAUCUCCUUGUAUCCUGAACUUGGUCAUCCUCCUGUGAAAACCAAUCUCCUUGAACCUUGACCCUAACAUCUGUCGGACAGCCCCCCUGACGGACAUUAAAGUUGGAAGUGGACGAACACUGUUUGAGUAUAAAAAUACAGAAAAAAAGCUGAAAAAGUGAACAAGCGUUCGCACACAAAAAAAAUAAGUGUUUGGACACAAUAGAUGAAUUCCCUCCCAUGCUACAACUUGUUUUAUGUGUGUGUGUGUGUGUGUGUGUGUGUGUGUGUGUGUGUUUGUGUGUGUUAUUCCCCAUCUUCAUAUUGAAGGUGUAUUAUUAUGCACAAGGCCACUGAGAAGGACGUGGAGGAGAAGUGUAAAGGGUGAAAGGUCAGAAGAUCACCAAAGGUCAAGAGGUCAAAUGAGAGCAUCUGAGAUGGCCGCGCUAGUUUGGCCCAAAAGUCUCCGACAGACCUCUUUCUAAGACGUAGGGGAGAACAUUGGCUCAUAUGCCUCAUCAACUGUGUCUGUCCUACUACAAUAAUUGUCUAUUUGUUUUUUAUCAGCCCUCCAUUUAGAUUUUCUGUUCCAUAGUUAUUGAGGUUUGUGUUUCAAGAUAGUACUUCCUGUUGGCUGGUCAGAGUUUAGUACUUCCUGUUGGCUGGUCAGAGCUAAGUACUUCCUGUUGGCUGGUCAGAGCUAAGUACUUCCUGUUGGACACUCUCUGUGAUGUCGGGGAGCUAGGCGAGGACUGUGGCAACAUACCUGACCGACCGGCCUUUUUGUGUGUUGAGUGUGUGUGUGUGUGUGUGUGUGUGUGUGUGUGUGUGUGUGUGUGUGUUUGUGAAUGCGAGAGUGUAACAAGUUGCACACACAUACUGUACAAUGCAGCUUCAGCUAUAUCCCCACUGUGGAGAAUUAGCGCAUGAACUGAACAGUGACAAGGAGCAACAAUUAUAUCGGAAACAGUUACGCUUUAUUCUGUGGACAAACUGUUAAUGUUUUUAUUUUAUUGAAAUACAAAAAUGUUUUGGAAAUAUACACUAUAUGCAUCCACAAUAGAGCAGACACACGUAACUUUCUUUUUACUUUUAUCUGGAUGUUAAAUUAAUCCAAAAAACUCGAGUUUAAUUUCUCUACUUUCCACCCACUGUAUUUAUUUCUCUCCCCACUUGGACAACAGGCCAUUUGAACUGUGGACUUAUUCUAAAGAACGAUGAAGAGGAAACAGAUGUUCCAAGAGAAUUCAGCAAAUGAAUUAAUGAUUAUAAAAAAAAAUGCAUAUAAAAUUGGAUAUUGUAUUUUUGUUGUUGUUCUAAACAGCCUGUACAUGUUUUGUAACAAAAAUAAGAUAAAUAACAUGAAAACAAAAUGGA